UACACACAUCACCUUUUGCACAGGACCACACUUCGACACGUAGACCGUGUCUUCGUCUGGCCUACUAAUAUCUUUUUCGUCUAACACGACAUAAAAGCUACUAGGUUGUAGCAACUGCUAUUGCGGAGCUCAUAGAAACUAUCAUUUCACCGAAUAACAUGGAUAUUUCCUCUGUUCUCCAAGGCGGUUAUUCGCACCCCCUCUCGCGUCAAUGGCAAGCCCGCCGGUCACUCGACAAGUCGAUGCUUAUGUACCCUAUCUUCAUCACCGAUGAUCCCAAAGCGCGCGUAGAGAUUGCCUCGCUGCCUGGACAAUGCAGAUGGGGCGUGGAUAGGCUCGAGGAGUUCCUUGGGCCAUUGGUGAAGAAAGGGCUCAGGAGUGUGAUUCUCUUCGGUGUACCUCUCAACUGCGAGAAGGACGACCGCGGUACGCCCGCCGACGACCCCAAGGGCCCCGUCAUUCUCGCCAUCAAACUCCUCCGCUCACUCUAUCCCUCUCUCUACAUCGCAACCGACGUCUGUCUCUGCGAAUAUACCUCUCACGGCCACUGCGGUCUCCUGCACUCCGACGGUACCAUCAACUCUCCACCCUCCGCUGAGCGUAUCGCCGAGGUUGCGCUCGCUUAUGCUGAAGCGGGAGCGCACUGUGUGGCGCCGAGUGAUAUGAUGGACGGGAGGAUCAAAGCGAUCAAGAGGAAAUUGAUUGAUGGUGGGUUCGGGAAUAGGUGUCUGUUGAUGAGCUAUUCGGCCAAGUUUGCGAGUGGGCUUUAUGGGCCGUUUAGGGAUGCUGCAGGGAGCGCACCUUCGUUCGGAGACCGCAAGUGCUACCAGCUGCCACCCUCUGCCAAGGGCCUUGCUCGUCGUGCUAUCCAACGCGACGUCCUCGAAGGUGCCGACAUCAUCAUGGUCAAGCCCGCGCUCCCCUACCUCGACAUCCUCUCCCACGCCUCCGAGCUUGCUCCAGAUCACCCACUCGCGGCAUACCAGGUCUCAGGCGAAUACGCUAUGGUCGUCGCCGGUGCGAGGGCUGGAGUGUAUGACUUGAAGGCGAUGGCCUUCGAGACCACCGAGAGUAUUGUAAGGGCUGGCGCAGGGUUGGUGUUGACAUACUUCACGCCGCAAUUCUUGGAUUGGUUGGAUGAGUGAAGAGUACUUUUCGAUGAAGGUAAGACGAGGAGGAUACACAAAAAUGUUUUGGUUGGAAUUAUGUACGGGAUUCAAGGAUAAAAAGGAUUAGAUGGGAUCUUAUGUGGUGCGUUUCAAUGUGUAUGUAUGAUAACUUAUGGAAGCCUGUGUUCUCGAAAACUCGGGACAACAAGGCGUGGCGU